AUAUCAGAUGUGACAAAUUGUGAGUAUAUAAGACAAGAAAAUUGCCACUGGACGUCAGAAAUAAUUCGAACAUGAACGGAUUAACAAUUGCGCUUGUCGUAAGCUGCGCAGUCCUUGCGGCUGCACAAAUGCCAAACAUUCCUGGAAUGCCGGGAGCUGGUGGAGGCGCAGGAUUGGGUGGAGGAUUUAGCAUGGGUGGAGAAAUUGGUGGCGGACUUGGUGGAGGUGGUGGUCCUGGUGGUGGAGCUGGAGCUGGUGCCAAAGCAGGAUUUGGAUUUGGAGCACAAGCUGGUGCAGGUAUGGGAGGAGGCGCUGGAGAAAAAAAUAAGAGGAGCAUUGACGACUUUGAUAUCUUUCCCGAGUCCUUUUAUGGCGCUCAUGACCAAACUCAAGGAAUGAUGAAAGGAAAGAGAAUGGGACGUUCACCUCAAAUGCCACCAGGCGGACCCCCACAACUACCAAAAAAAUUCUAGACUUCUAAUAUGAAUUUAUUCGCACGAAUGGCACCUAUUACCUGAUUUAUACUGAAAAAUGUAGUUGGCAAUAAAAAUAAAUGCAAGCUUAAUCAAAA